UGAAAAUUACAGGCGCAGGCAUGAUGGAUUGUAAAAAAGCCUUAAAAGAUUCUAAUGGAGACAAAUCUAAGGCAAUAGAAACUUUGAGAAAGAAGGGUUUAGCUUCUGCAGACAAAAAGGCUAGUAAAGUUGUUACAGAAGGAAUCAUUGUAAGUUAUAUUCAUACAGGCUAUAAAAUAGGUGUAUUAGUGGAAGUCAAUUGUGAAACAGAUUUUGUAGCUAGAAGAAAUGAAUUUAAAGAUUUUGCUAAAGAUAUAGCUAUGCAAAUUGCAGCUUCUCCUAGUGUUGAAUAUAUUACAUUUAGUGAUAUUCCUUCUGAAAUUAUAGAAAAAGAAAAAAAAAUUGAAUCAAUGAGAGAAGAUUUAAAAAAUAAACCAGAACAUAUUAAACAAACAAUUAUAGAAGGAAGAAUAAGAAAAAAUUUAGAACUUCUAGUUUUAUAUGACCAACCUUAUAUGCGUGAUCAAUCAAUAAAUAUUGAGACUUUAGUAAAAUUGAAAAUAUCAUAUUUUAAUGAAAAUAUAAAAAUCCGCAGAUUUAUAAAGUAUAUAUUAGAUUUUAUAUAUUACGUGAAUAUGCUAAUAUCAUCAGUUAAGGUUGGAGAACAUUUUUAUUUGACUCUAGGAGCUUUUAAGUUACAUGCUCAAGUUUUUAUUGUGUCAUUUUUUGUCAUUUUUAUUUUAAUUGUUUUUUCUGUAUUGGGAACUAAUAAAAUGUCACAAACUCCUAGAGGUUUACAGAAUUUUCUUGAAUAUGUUUUAGAGUUCAUUCAAGAUAUAACUAAAAGUCAAAUUGGUGAACACUACUAUCGUGACUGGAUACCUUUUAUUGGAACAUUAUUUUUAUUCAUUUUUGUUUCUAAUUGGUCCGGUGCUUUGAUUCCAUGGAAAAUAAUAAUACUUCCGGAAGGAGAACUUUCAGCACCAACUAAUGAUAUUAAUACGACAGUAGCUUUAGCCUUACUAACUUCUCUUGCUUAUUUUUAUGCAGGGAUUAGUAAAAGGGGAUUACGUUAUUUUUCUCGCUAUAUAAAACCUACACCAAUAUUAUUACCAAUUAAUAUUUUGGAAGAUUUUACCAAACCUUUGUCUCUAAGUUUUCGUUUAUUUGGUAAUAUCUUAGCAGAUGAGUUAGUUGUUUCUGUUUUAACUUUAUUAGUUCCUUUAAUUGUUCCUCUACCUGUUAUGAUGCUAGGCUUAUUUGCUAGCUCAAUUCAGGCUUUAAUUUUUGCAACCUUAGCCGCUGCAUAUAUUGGUGAAGCGAUUGAAGAACAUUAAAUUAUAAAGAUACAUAUAAUUAA